AGGGGGAAUAAGAGUCAGUUGAUAGAAGGUGGAGUGACGAACGUCAGUCACGCCUCUCCCUUCAUAACGAAGUUUGUUCGUCAAAAGUACCCGGAUCAAAACAUGGCGUCAAUAUCAUUUUCCCAGUCCUGAGACAAACAGAUAAAAAAAUAAUUGGAUUUAUAACUUAAACGUACUUAAUUACAAAAAGAGUCCAGAUGUUUAAAAAGAAGUCGAAGAAGCCAGAGAUCUCGAAUCCUCUGAACUUUGAACAUCGAGUACACACUGGCUUUGACCAAGAGCAAGGACGUUACAUUGGUUUACCUUCACAAUGGCAAGGGAUUAUUGGUCCAGGAGAACGGCGGCGGCCCAUUGUCGAUCCUGCACAUAUUACCCCUACAGAUAUGGGUAAUUAUAAAACUAUUGUGCGAGGUAAUUCAACAUCCAGCAUCAAUGGUUAUGCAGGUGAUAGCAAAAGUAUCACAGUUGCAAGAUCCAAUUCUUUACGAAAAGAAAGUCCACCAUCAUUACGACACAAACGGUAUGUUCCUGACAGUUAUUACGCAUCGGUACCUGAAGAUGAACCAGUUAAUUAUAAUAAUCGGCCACACUCCACUCAUCUCAAUCAUUCGUACAUGAGAGAUCACAUGAACAGUCCUUAUCAAGACAGAGAUUUUAAAACCUUACCUCAUGAACCAGUUCAUCAGAAAAAUUACAUUGACAGCCAAAAUCGUCCUAGAUAUUCAGAUAGUGGGCAUCCCGAUCAUAGAUUCAAUGAUGAACGCUCUCGUGAAGGUCCACCACCUUAUUCUACAGUUGGACCGGGACACAAUCGAGAAGAGUACCGUCCACCAAAUCCGAUGAAUGGAAAUAUGAUGGUCCCUGUUCUUCCAAAGCACAACAACUUUCCAGCUCCACUCAGCAAUGUAAACCGAGUAAUUCCAAAACACCAUGGGCGGAUGGAUUACGAUAAGGAUCCCUAUAGCAACAGGAAUGCAGGGCCCCCUGCGACAGGACCUAAUUUGUCACCUAGUUCCAAGUCUCCUCAACCAACCUCUUAUAUUGGAAACUUUCCAUCCAAACCACCUUUUACUGAACAGCAGCGGCUGACUCAUGAGCAGUUUCGAGCAACUUUACAGACAGUUGUCUCUCCUGGUGAUCCACGCGAUGAAUUGGAUUACUUUAUUAAAAUUGGUGAGGGUUCUACUGGAAUCGUAUGUAUUGCUACAAAUCGAUCAACAGGUUACAGAGUUGCUGUUAAGAAAAUGGAUCUUGGGAAACAACAAAGAAGAGAAUUGUUAUUUAAUGAGGUUGUGAUUAUGCGAGACUAUCACCAUGCCAACAUUGUAGAUAUGUAUGAAAGUUACUUGGUUGGUGAUGAACUAUGGGUCGUCAUGGAGUACCUUGAAGGCGGAGCCUUAACAGAUAUUGUCACUCACAAUAAAAUGGAUGAAGUUCAAAUUGCAACAGUAUGUCGAGCAUGUUUGCUGUCUCUUGCUUAUCUCCAUUCUCAUGGAGUCAUCCACCGUGAUAUUAAAUCAGACUCCAUUUUAUUAGCCCGUGAUGGCAGAGUAAAAUUAUCUGACUUUGGCUUUUGCGCCCAAGUUAGCCCAGAACUUCCUAAAAGAAAAUCGCUGGUUGGCACUCCUUAUUGGAUGGCCCCAGAAGUUAUUUCUCGACUACCUUAUGGACCUGAAGUUGAUAUCUGGUCUUUAGGAAUUAUGGUUAUAGAAAUGGUUGAUGGUGAACCGCCUUUCUUUAAUGAACCUCCAUUGCAAGCCAUGAGGAGAAUUCGGGACAUGCCACCACCUAGAAUUCGCAAUGAUACAAAGGUAUCGCCACGCCUACAAGCUUUCAUUGAAAAAAUGCUUGUGCGGGACCCAUCAGCACGAGCGACUGCCUAUGAACUAUUACAGCAUCCAUUCAUUCAACUUGCUGAACAACCUAGUUGCUUGAUUCCAUUAAUUAGGAAUUUACGGCACAGCCCUUGUUAAUUAGUUUGGCUUUUGCGAGAACCUCCCCUCUGAAAAGAAAUGCUAAAUUCUAAUGCUUGUUUGAAUGCAUUCAUUGCUGAGUUGUGAAUACCAGCUAUAGAUUGCUACAUUUAAUGAGCAAACCAAAGUUAAUGUAUUUUUGUACCACAUCUGACAUAUUUACAUAUCUAGUUUUCUGACGAGAACAAAACAAACCAGGUAAAGGUCGUGGUCGGAAACCAUUUACAAAACGAAAUAACCAUGCUCGAUAUUUUUCUUAAAUUUUUUUUUUUUUUCAAAGAAGUAAAAAGAGAUGCAAACUAAAACGAAAUCUAUUAUUUUGAGUAAAGCGGUAUUAAUGUAUUUCAAACACUGUCCGAGACGACACCUAGUAUUAAUUCCAUUAUUUGAGAGAUUUCUAAAUAUGUAAUCCCCAUGUUUUUAAAUGUUGGGUAUAUCUUCUUUUUCCUAAAAAUAUACAUGGUUCUGAGCAUAGCGUUCUGUGGGGAAGAAAAUGGUUCUAUACUGUGAAUAGUUACAUCUAAGGAAGUGUAAACUGGAAAGGCCAACAUAUUUGCCAACUGGAACUAUAAUGAAAUUUUAUAUUCUGAGAAACAUUUUGUUUCCAUCUCGACUUUUUAUAUUAUUUUUAUACUAAUUGAUAUGAAAACAUAUAAUUUUUUUUUAUUUCACUCCUUGCAUUUCAUAUUUCCUUCAUUAAGCAAGAGUAACGAGUACGUAAAGAAUAUUACUUUUAAAUUGCCCACAUACACAUUUUUUCGAUAAAAACACUGAUCGAAUAUAAUAUUCCCUUUUCUAUUUAAUAGUCGUUCAUUAAUAAAUAUUUACAUUUCUAUUUGAAUAUGCAAGAUAAAUUUUUAUCACAAUUUUAUGAAAGCUAUUUAAAUAUUUCUGGAAAUCAAUCUAUUGUCUUGUGCCUUUGACGAAAAAAUAAUCUCUGCUUUUUAAGCAGACAAACUUUUCUAAGCAAAAAUAGUAAUUAAAAAGCUACAAUAGACUAAAGCCUAAAAUUUUACAUUUUAGAAUCUUUCUUCAGAUUUUUAUAUUGAAAUCUAUAUAUAUAUAUAUAUAUAUAUACAUAUGUAAAAUCCACAACCUACGUAAUAUAAUUUACAACAAAGUUUUCUUUGUAAUUCCAGCUAAGCAAUACUUUAUACUUUUCAUCCAUCACUAAGCACACACACAAACACAAAUGCACCCUCUUUCUCUUGCUCCCAUAAUUGUAACUGUGCUGAUAAACUAGCAUACUAUCAUUCCAUUUAUAAUAAUAUUCUACCAACAUUUCAAAACCUUUAUAACUGAUUCCUUGCACCCCAUCAGAUCUUUCUGAAGCCUUAUUAUAACUGGUAAUUUGCACACCACUAGAAUCUUUAUAUAUUUCCCUGAUUUAGAAAGAAAAUGCAAAGUAGAAAAGCGUGGACAGACAAAUGCGCACAAACUUAUGUAUGCACACUCAACUAUGUAUGCACACAAACAUGUGCAGUGAUAUAUAGAUGCACAUCGUAUGGAUGCUACAAGGAAUAUUCCAGUUGUUUGAUCAGCUGAACUACUUAUUAAAUUCUAGUGUGAGUGGCCGAGUAUUCCACAGACACUAGUAGCCUUACCAUAAUCCUCAGGUAGAAUUAGUGUGAGAGUGUGUGGCCAGGCUGGCCUGUUAUAUUAUUACAGGUGAAGUUCAUUUGGUAGGCUUCCACACAGUUUCCGUCUACCCAGUUUUGUCUACAAGGCUUGGGUUCACUCGAGACUAUGAUAAAAAGACACUCGUCCAAAAAUGACACACAUUGAGAUUGAACCUGAGUCGUCCAUCAUCAUUGAGAAACUAACUCCUUAACCACUCAGCCAUGCUUGUGGUCACACGCUUAUUUUAGAAAAGACUUACACAUUUAUAAUGUACAAAAUCUCUUUUUUCAAAUUUGUUUGAAUAAUCUUUUUUCUGUAGAUUCCUGCAGACUCAAAGCAUUAAACUCCUGUAGAUAAAUUCUAUAAAUAUUUUCAGACCCGACUUAAUCUUUUGAAAAAAGUACUUUAUAUUAGUGUUAUGUAGAUGAAUGAUCUAGCAGUUAUUACGGCUGCUAGCCAUCUUAAUUGUCAUAACUGAAUGUAAACUGCCUUUUUUUUUUUUUUUUUUACAAACUAUUAUAUUAUAUUUAAUUAUUCUAUUCAAUAUAAACCCUUUCAACAACUGCUAAUGAAUCAUUCAAACCUGUGAGCAGAAAACUUUUCUGACAAUAUUCUAAACCAUUUUUGUAAAUAUUUACAUGGAAUUUUGUUUAAAGCAUUCUAAAAGUCAUUAGCAAAAAAAAGAAAGAAAAAUCUUAGAAAGAUGAAUAAC